AACCCUGAGGCUUGCAAAACACAACACACGGCGUCCCACCAGCCAGACAGCUAGGCAGACUGGCACCAAAAUGGCAGCAACAGUGACAGAAUCCGGGGGGGUGAAGGUCAUCACAGAGGUCGUCCCGCAGACCGACCCCCGGGCUGCACAGCUGGACUCAACGGCACCACAGCCCAGCUCGGCCCAGGUCAAAGGCUUCAGGAAGGCACAGCCCAAGGCGCUGGGGGCCAUACAGAUCGUAUCUGGUUUCAUUCAGAUCUCCUUUGGGAUUGCCUUGAUGAUAACUGAAUCCCCAGCCCCAGCCCUCACCGUGGCCAGCGGAGUCUACUUCUGGAUCGGCUUGCUGCUCGUGUCCUCAGGAUCCGUGCUGGUGGAGACUGAGAGAAGAGAAAGCAUCCGGCUGGUGAAAGUCUGCUACAUUAUCAGCGGCCUGGUCAUCCUGGCCACCCUGACAGCUGUGAUCAUUCACAGCGUGGAGAUCAGCCAAGACAUCCCGUGGUGCAACAUACAUGAGGGCGGCAAAAUGACCCCGCUGAACUGCUCCCAAUCUGUCUACAUUCUGAGUCACGGGAUUAACUCGAUAUUCAUCCUGCUGUGCCUGCUGGAGCUGUGCACGGCCAUCGCCGCCUUGGUGUACGGACACAAGGCCUUGAAACAGCAGGACUACACGCAGAUGGUGCUGUGAUGGAGCAGAGGCUGGCUUUGCUCCUCCCACCCCCAGGUGCACUGAGAACAUGAUGGAGAUUUCCCGCACUGGAGCCACAGCGACAUGGACCCUUGGCCACUUCUUCACCUUCCCAGGCAGGACGGCAGAGGGAGCAUACUCUGAGCCCCAACAUCUCCUGCAGCCCACCCUACCCCCCCAACUCUUCUGUGUCUAGGGGAUAGGGGCAAAUGCUGAGCCAGACACCACUAUUCCUGAGCCCCCAACUGAGAGAUGAGAGCAGCUUUAACGCUCAAAGUAUCCGCUGACUUUCCCCACAAACUCUCCUGUCUGUAACCUACUGCAGCCCAUGACCUCUCUCAGGACCCUCCUCACAGAAUCCCUUCGUGGACUCUGACCCCUGAAUUCCCCCCCCCCCGAAAUUAGGAGGCAGGAGACUCUGACUUUCUGCACCCCAAAACCCUCCCGAUUCCUAAACGCUCCAGCCUGUAUGGGGACGGUGAAAACAAACUGACCCACACACACCUUCCCUGGCCCCUCAAACUCACCAGUCAGUAAUGGGGGAGGAGCUGGAAUGAGACUGAACCCAGGCCUCCCUCUCCCCUCAAAUCCUCCUAUGAUCCCUGGAACUCUCUGCAACCAGAGCACAAGACAGUGAACUCCAAAGCCAUCCUUCCGUCCUGCUCACGCCUCUCCCCCAAUUCCACAAACCCUCCCGUCUGCACAGGCAAACAAGGCGGAUGGGGAAAACAGCAGGAGUCAACAGGAUUAUGGAGUAGAAGUUGAUCCAUCCCUUUUUCUUGGUCUUUACCCCCUGGUCCCCUCACACAACUUUACUACACCAAGGCAGAGAGUGGGGGUCUGUUUAAUUUUUUUUUUAUUUGUGUUGCAGUAAAGGAGUGCUGUAAGCAAUGGGCUGUGGAUAGAAGGUAACAGAUUCGGUAACCAGAUAUAAACACUUCUAUUACAUGAUGGAACAUACAGGGCAGCGUGUGAUAUAUAUUAAAAAAAAAAAACACUAGAGACAUGACAUCCUGAUUGUCCCAGAACAUAGCAGUGAUGCCAUGAUCUCCAUGUAAAUGCCACAUUCAGCCCUCAGUAACUCCUGAUGUCUUGGGCUUCCACCAAGAACUUGGCCCCUCUGUCUCCUGAAAAUCCUCACUCGUUCUCCUUUCAUGUUGUAUUAUCCCAUCCAGAUCACAUGUUUUAUGGACCAGCCUUUAGCACUUGACUUCUUUGCUGAUUUCCAGGUCCUUAGAAUGAUUUCUUCAGCCAUUGCUGAUGCUCUCAAACAACACAUUUCUGAGAGGAAGUCAAAUCCUUAGCAGCCGUCAGGACUUGUAGAAUAAAGCGCUUAGAACCACCAGGGUUACUGCUGUUUAAAAUCACAUUCACUCACCUCCUAACUUCUUCCCAAUCUUCUUUGGUUUUAUGGCAGUGGUCAUCCAACUCUUUCACUCUGAGGAUCAUGUCAUAAAAGAAAGAUCUUCUCACUGAUCUCCCUUCCCUUCCAGUAUCCCAGUUGUCUUCCAGUACCCCACCACUCCCAUUGCUUGGAUUUUAAAAUGUUUCAUUCUGUAACCCACCAGGAAGGAUUUAGUGCGCCACAACGGGAAAGCCACACUUCUAGGGCAAUAUAAAUGUAUCAGAUUUCCUUGUUCCCUUCACAGCUCCAGCAAGAAUCCACCUCUCGUGUGUUGCCAGGUUGAUUCUACCGCGCAAAUGCUAAAGAUGCAUUUUUUUUUUUUUUUUUGCUAUAUCAGCCUGAGCUUACAGUAUUAUUAUAACAAAUGUUCCCACAGAAUGUUAUGUCUAUCUACAUCCCUAUCUGUUCAUUCAAAACCAAGCUUACCUCUCGAAUUUGAGAAGUGUUCACUAGAGGUUAGAACCUUACCAGUCCGGAUUCUGAGUGGUACUGACUAGAGCUAGUCAGGAAUUUUUCAGCAAAAAAAAAUUUUUUUUUGGUGUGGAAAUGCCAGUUCACUGAAACCAAAACGGUUUGUGAGAAAAGGGUGGUUUCGAGGAACUUCUUCUUUUGAAAAAUUUUGGGACAAAAGAGUUAGAAUUUUAUUUUUCAAACAAAAAAAAUCAAUUUUUUCAGUGCAAAACUACUUUUUGUUUAGAAAUUUAAGCUAAUGAUAGCAAAAAAAAGUUAAUUAAAAAAGGUAAAAAUCAAAAUGAAAUGUUUUGAUUGACAGAAACUAAAAAAAAAUUCAGAUUUUUCAGUUUGCAAAAUGUUUUGAGAUUUUGACAUUUCAUCCCGAUUUGGGCCAAGAAAAAUUUCAAAAUCUCAAAAAUUUUAUCCAGAUGGGAUCCGUUUUCUACCCAGUUUUACUACUGAGUACUCAGAGUUCUAGUUCACUGCACUGGGCAUUGCAGAUAUUCAGCGCUGCUUAGGGUCAGCUGUUAGACAACGACAGCAGGAAGUGUUAUAUAUAGACUGGAUCAGAAUACUAGAAUUUGUCCCCUGGAUCUUUCCACAGGAAAAAUUCUGUUUUUAAAUUUUCCGAUUGGAAAACGUUGGUUUUCUGUGGGGCAUUUCAAAACUAAAGCAAAAAAAACCCACACUCAUUUUGUUUUGAAAUGCCACUUUGAAACAAAACAAGAGAUUUAUUGUUGCAUUUCAAAAUGUAGAUUUGAAAUUAAAAAUUUCAGUGUCUUUCAAUUUAUACUCUUUCAUUUCAACUUUUGAAAACUGAAGAAAUUGGGAUGGUUACCCCCCACUCCCUUUUUUCACUUUUUCCAGUGACGAAAAAUGGGGAACAAGUUGAGAAAAGUAAAAAUAAAAUGAAACACUUGUUCACACUUUUUUCAGUUGUAAAAGAAAUUACAAAUUAAAUAAAGUAGCACUUUUAAUGACUUUUAAAAAAACUUUUCACAGCUUUUCAGUUCAAAAGAGCUUUUCACUGUUUUAACUCUUCCGAGUUGGAAGAAGUUUAAAAAAGAGGGCAGGGGGGGAUUUCAACCACUUUUUUGCUUUUUUGCUUCCUCCAUUGAAAAAAACAAAGAGGAGAAAGUCACCAAAAGAGGAACUUCCAAAACAUCCCCAAACCCAAAGGAAAACUGAACUUUUUCAGUAUCUGAAACAAAACAACAUUUUAUGUCAAAAAUGAAAGAAUAAAUGUUCCUUUAGCUGUGGAAUGUAAACAAAAAGGCUUAUUGCAAAAUGUCACUUCAAAAUACCCUGGACAUUGAUUCCUUAGGAAACGCUUGUUUACAUAAGGAAACUAACCAGAAUAACUAUUUCAGAAUAGCUCCCCAUCUGGACAUUCUAUUCCAGAAUAAAAGCCACUUUACUCCAGAAUGUGCUUUCAAAGUGGAGUAACUAUUCUGGAAUGAAAUCACUUUUAUUCUGGAAUAGUGCAUCCAACUAGUCUGGUCAAUAUCAUGGUGCCGACAAACUGCAACAUAAGAGAAUCAAGAAAGUGGUGACAAUGCGAACUGCUUAAACAGUUUUACAUACACCAAUACAGAGGUAACUGGGUGAACCUAUCUGGCCUAGGUUAUGUAGAAGGUCAGACUAGAAUGGUCUAAUGCAGGGGUCUCCAACGCGGUGCCCGCGGGCGCCAUGGCGCUCACCGGGGCGUCUUAAGUGCUCCCG